AUGUCCGUAACAAUUCACACUAGUUUGGGCCCACUCAAACUCGAAUUGUUUUGCGCAGAAACGCCCAAAACGUGUAAGAACUUCCUUGCUCUGUGUGCUUCUGAUUAUUACAACGGGCUGACUUUUCAUAGGAACAUAAAGGGAUUCGCCAUUCAGGGCGGAGACCCUACGGGCAAGGGAAAGGGGGGGGAGAGCAUUUAUGGCGGACAAUUUGAGAAUGAAAUCGUACCAACACUUAAGCACGACAAAAGAGGAAUUGUCAGUAUGGCAAAUCUGGGCAAACCCAAUACCAAUGGAUCGCAGUUCUUCAUUACCUACUCACGUCAGUCCCAUCUAGACGGCCAAUAUACAGUUUUUGGAAGGGUUAUUGAUGGAUUUGAUACCCUGGACAAACUGGAGAAGGAGCCAGUUAAGGAAAAGAAUCGCCCUGUAAAAGAUAUCAUAAUUGAAAGUAUCACAAUUCAUGCCAAUCCAAUUGCAAUGGGCGAACUCGCCGCCUAA